AUGAGUGAGAAGGACUUUUAUCAAAAUUUGGAGGGACACAUCGAGGAGACCAGGCGGAAGAUCGAGGAGAAGGAAAAACUUAUAGCAUCGGAAAAAGCUGGAGAUGGGAAUGCGUCAAGAGCUCCACAGAGCCAACCCUGUUACUACGGCUAUUGCAGCUUAGUGGUCCCGUCGGACCACAGCUCUGAUGAUGGCUCCGCCUCAAGUGACAACGUGAAGGGGUUCCUGAACCUACACGAGGAUAACGAAAUGGACAAUAUAAAAAAAAGACUAAGGGAGAGGAAGACGGGAAUUCGCAGUAGACGGAGUGGCUCCACCAAUGGCGGACCCCCCCGUGGAGGUACCCAAAAGAAUAGGUGUGCAAUUGUGAUGAAGGCAAGCAAGCCAUCGGAAAGCAAAAGGGGGAGAGGAAAUAUAAAAGAGCUAAUCAAUUUGGAAAAAGAAAUUAUUGUUACAAGAACACUGAUGCAGAAGAAAAAAUCGAGGCUAGACGAUAUUUAUAGCUACACGAGUAGAAGAGAGAAGGUGAUAAAGAAUUUGAAUUUGAGCAUGAACAAGGAGGCGUCCUUGUUGCAAGACUCCCUGGUGAAUAUGUUUAAGCGAACUGAAGAACUGAUUCGGAAAUUUGCUGAAAUACGCGCGAGGAAAAAGAAGAAAAAAAAACAAGUGCAGCUGUUGAAUAUCGAGAUGAGCAAACUGGAGGUGGAGCUUGAGAAGAAGGAGGAAAAGAUAAGGGAGAUGGACAAGUAUAAAAGUUUUCUGAACAAGCUAGCCAGCACAGAGGGGGAAGCGACACAAAUGGAGGAAGAAGCGACACAAAUGGAGGAAGAAGCAGGAACCAGUAUGACCACGUCAGGAGAAACGUCUCACUUUACCCCCCAAAUGCAUAAAUAUACAAACAACUCCCAACUGCUCAUAGAUCAUUUCAACCUGCUGGAGGAGCAGCACCUUCAGCUGAUCGAUGACACACAGAACGCCGAGUACGAAUUGGAAGAAUAUGAAAAAAAAUUGGCGGAAAAAAAAAAAGAAUUUUUAACAAAAAGCAAUGAUGUUAAGAAAAAAAUAAUGCAAAUGGAAAACUACAUUAAAGAUCACAUGGACCAAAUACAAGAAUAUGAACAUACCAUUAAAAGCAACAACAGUCAAAUAUGCUUCGAUAAUAUAAGCAGCAAAAUUGAUUUCAUUUGCACUCACUUUAACUACGACGUGAAUACAAAUGAAGUUAUGAAGAAGUUACAAAUAAUGGAAAACCACAUGUACUCGUACAUUUCCACGCUGACCAAGUACACGGAGGAAAACAGCCAGCUCGUGUACGAGUACCAGCGGGAGCGCGAGCAGGAGAGGCGAAAGCAAAUGCGGUUUGAAAUUAACCUCGACAGAAAGGGGAACAACCAAACCAAGCAGCUCAAAAGUGCGAAGACUGCGAAUAAGACUUUCGGAGCCAACCAGAAGGAGAAAAAGGAGAAACGGGAAAAGCGGGAAAAUAUUUACACGCUUUUCGAAAAGGACCUCUUCAAGUGA